AUGGCGGCUGGUGAAGAAAAUUUGUACCUGAAGUCAGGCUUACCCAUUCUCGAGAAGCUCAGUCUCAACGAACUGUUAAAUGUUCAGCAUGAUGUGACAGCGCUAAUAGCGAAACGUGUUCGAGAUUUACAAAAUGAAAGUAAAUACAUUCUUCAGAGACCUGAUAGUAAAAAUUUUAGGAGUGCACGUCACCAAGAAAAAGCUCUUAUAGAAUCUUCGCAGUGUGCGGUGGAGGUAGUUGAACAAGAUUCUGAAGACUUCAUUCUCACUCAGUUUGAUGAGAACAUAAAGAAAGAGUCGGCAGAUGCUCAUCAUCCUAGUGAGUGUAAGCCUAGUACACCAUUUUCAGUCGUUAUUAUGUCACCUAGUAAGCAUAAACGGAAAAUUUCAGAGUUUAGUUCACCUUUGAAUGACCCUGGUAACUUUAACGAUUUAGAAGAUUGCUCUGAUACCAUAAUUCAUGAGAUAGACCGUGAUAAAGAGAACAAAACAAGAAAACUACUGGAUAUAAGGUUAGAGAAGCCAGAAUCCACUUCUCCAAGCAUCUACAACCAAGAGAAAGACAAUUCACUGUUUGAUUUCAAUACGAAUCCCCUAACAAAGCGAGCUUGGAUUCUCGAAGACUUUAGGCCGAAUGACGAUAUUGCUCCGGUCAGGAGGGGAAGAAGAAAGCUGGAGCAGUUUUAUGCUCAAGUUGGAAAGCCAGAAGAUUCUAAACGUAGAUCAUUGUCAAUAGUGAUGGAAUCGCAAAAUUCAGAUUAUGAGUUCGCAUUUGAUAACUUGAGGAACAGAUCUAAAUCCCCGCCAGGGUUUGGGAGAUUAGAUUUCCCCUCUACUCAGGAAGGGAAUGAGGACAAAAUAAAAUCCCAAGAAAUUAUCAGAAGAAAGACAAAAUACAGGUUUUUGAUGGCAAGUAAUAACAAGAUCCCACCAUACGAAAGAGAAUAUGUAUUCAAAAGAGAACGAUUGAAUCGAAUUGUUGACGAUGGAUGUUUUUUCUGGAGCGACAAGCUACUGCAGAUAUAUGCGAGAUGUUAA